AUGAUCGUCGAGCUGUUCUCUGCCGAAGCCCCCCUGACGGUGAACAACCUCGUCCAUUUGGCCCGGGACGGUUUCUACGAAAACAGCCAGUUCCAUCGUGUAAUCAGGGAUUUCAUGAUCCAGGGUGGCUGUCCCAAGGGAGACGGCACCGGUGCGCCGGGCUAUCGCUUCCAGGACGAGCCCAUCAAGCGCAAAUACGUGCGCGGCACACUUGCAAUGGCCAAUGCUGGCCCCAACACAAACGGCAGUCAGUUCUUCAUCGUCCACGGCGUCGACGUGGGACUGCCUCCCAACUACACUAUUUUCGGGAUGGUCACCGACGGCGAAGACGUGCUUGACACCCUCGCGAACUCCCCCGUAACCCGCAGCAGCGGCGGCGAGCCCUCGCAGCCCACCGAGCGCUUGGUGAUCAACAACAUCACCAUCGACGAGUCCUAA